AUGGCCAGGGUCUCCCGCAGGGGGUCUUCAAACUGGUAUAACAGCGCCUGUAGGUGUCAGCGAAAAGAUCCCGGCCUCCCCCCUGCCGAAGGAAGCAGAGCUGUCGAGGGUGAACUCAGCAAGGCGGAUGGAUGGGCUGUCGAUUCGGACCUCCCCGCAGAGUGCAGCCCACGGAAACUGACCAAGAGGUCCAGCCCUUCCGAAGUCUCGUGGCUCAGAGGCCGGCUGGGCAGCAGAGAAGCCAACUGCCAGAUCUUCUCCUUAACGACAGCGGCACUGCCACGGGCCACUCCAUCCAGAGUCUCCACCCAAGAGCCUGGGAAGGCAACAACUCAGCGCAGCAAAGCCACCUCACCCAAGGGAGAGCCCCCCCGGCUCCUGUAUUUCAUGCCCUUCCAGCCCUCCAGGAAACACGCAGCCGUCUAUAACAUCUUCUUGCCUGUCAGUGGCCAUAACGUCCUCCGGAACUACAAACCUCCAGGAGGGGACUCCUCUGAGGAAAGGAAAACAUCAGACAAAAUAGAUGCAGAGAUCCUCGUUCUUUUGCCCCACAGACAGUGUCCAGCAUCCUCUGCUCAAGCCGGUCUCUGUCAGACUGUCCUGAGAUCACAGCGAUUUCCCAGCUGGAAGGAAGGAAGGAACCGCUUCUUCAGAGCCCCCCUCCCCCACCUGCCUCCACAAGAUGGCUGCUCUGAGCCCAAGAUCCCAGCCUCUGAGGCAUGGAAAGGCCAGCCAGAUAAAAUCCUCCUCGCCCUAAGCAAAGCAGUCAGGGUGGCAGGGAGAACAGCUCCGUUCCAGCAGUGGAGGCAGGCAGGAGGCCGCACCUCUCUGGCUGGCCAGCAGCGCAAACUGCUGACUCAGUGCCCACAACCGCAGGCAGACGACUUCCAUCCUGUGACUCAUAAAGAUGAGGAGCAUCGAGGGGAGCCGGGUCAUGGCAUAUCUGCAGCCAGCCCUUCUGUGAGUGAGGCUUCUGAAACAAAAAGCAGGAUCACAACCACACAGAAGUGCAGACAUAGAGCCUCGCUGCAGACAUUCAGCUGCAGGGGUGGGUGCUGCUGGGCAGACAAUUCUGCCCUCCAGCAAUCCUGUGGGUCAACCAAAGAGGGCCUCCUCUCCAGCCUCUGCAAGGGAUGAUGUCAGCAAAGCACUGCUGGAGGAUUCCACGCCACACCAGGCGCAGAGGGCCCAAAGGCCAACAUGACCCCGAGGGUGCUGGUGCUGGUGGGGACUUGCCCAGGCCCACUGGGAGCAAGCUGAGCCCAGCAGCACAGCCAAUGUUUCGGUGAAUUGGAUCUGGGUCACUUUCCCUGUUGUUAAGAAUUAGGACCAUUGCUCAGUUUACCUGCCACCUUUGGGCAUGUCAGUUGCUGCCCAGAAGAGAAUCACCCUCUCCAUGGCCCAAAAGGUCCAAGUGCUGAAUGCUUGCAGGGCACAAGGCACACUCAGGCAAGGAGGCUCCUCCAUUCUAAUUCUGCAGGCAGAUGCUGCCAGAACAGUCCUGCCUCUUCCCUGGUUGUGAUCUGCUCUCCCCUCUGAAGCAGGGGGCUAUUCUCCAAGGGCAGGGAGAGUGGCUGGCUCUAGAGGGGAGAUUCCAAAGAACCUUCUUGAUCUUUAGCAAGUCUGCUGUUCAUAGGCUCCAUCCUCAGUUGCAGGGCCUCAAUAAAAUACAAGCAAGCUCAAAA